GCAGGUGGGUACUCCCUUGAGCGUGCCCCCUCUCGCCUCUCUGACUACGGCGACAUCUCUUCCUCAUCUUCUUCCCCACUCGACUCCCCCCUCUCACAAAUACUCUACAGCUUCGGAUGAUUGUCGGCCCACGCUCACACCUAUGCCCACGCCCAUAUCCACCAACAGCAGCAGCCGGGGCAGGCAGGAGCGGGGGCACUGGAUGACGAAAGCUCAACAGCAGAUCACCACCACCAGCAACCAUCCCGAGUACCGGAGUCUCAUCGCUUCUCCCUCACACCCUCUUCCUCCUCUGAGGCUGCCAUCUUGGGAAUGGGCGUCGGCUUUGGAAUGGGAAUCUUCAGAGGAGAUGGUGGGGGAGGAUUUCAGGAUUUGUACGAGAGUCCUAUUUCGCGAGGCCCCCUGGCAGGAACGGGGGAGGGGGAGGUGUUCACCAAGCAGGGACAGGAGGACUUAGACGCGGGGGCCUCGUGAGAACUCUACUACCACCUCCCUCACCCUGCCUCUGGUCCUACUCAAAGAAGUUGCCCUCUAAAUACCGACAGUAUUAAAAAACGCUUGAAUUCUGUCCGAGAUUUGGUCAGUCUUAAGGAUCUGCCCUGUAACUAUCGUCAGCAGUCGACCUUUAAGUUUCGAACUCUUACCUAAGAAAAAAAUGCUCUGAAAGUGCGUCGAGUGUCUGUUUAAAUUUUAGAAACUACCCUUUGAAUAUCGCCAGUGAAUUUAAGCGUUUGAACUGUCUUAAAAACAAAGACAGGACCUAUGAAACAAACAUGCACUGAAACAUACCUCUAGCGUGAUUCAUGACCUUCUUGAGGAACAGGUAUACAGAACUACACACACUAAAUGCCAAGUGACUGAUACAUAAAAGGCAAUUUUACUUAAUACUCCCAGUGCAAAUAAACUUACAAAAGUGAUUGCCUACGAUUGUACUCUGAGUGACUGUAAAGGCAAAUCAGCCUCUAUCUACUUAAUAAAACCUCCCAGAAAACACUUAUAAAAGUGACAAGCAAAAAAUAUCUAGAAACGGGAAGGACCCCCCAAUGAACUCGUUAGUCUUAUAUUAUAUAUGACUAUGUUAGGUACCACUUGCUUGCUUUUCUCAACAAAGCUCAGAACAAAUGCUUAAAAGGGUUGACUAUCCCUCUGAGUUAUAUCUACAUCAGUGACAAUAACUGGUUAGUGAAUCCACAACAAAAGAGCUUAAGUGAUAGUCAGUAGUUGAAUGAAAAUUAUACCAGAUACUUUAUAACUGCGCUCACUUUGUAGACUCUUGUGUACAGUAGUUUGUAGUUAAUGAAUAAUCUUUAAUUAGUGUUUUAAGUCUAUAAGCUGUUAAGUGAACAAUCUGUUGAUAUACGAAGAAUUUUGUUUACAGAAUAAUUUGAUGAUAUAAAUUUAUCUACAAAAAUAUAAUUCAUCUCUCUCUCUCUCUCUCUCUCUCUCUCUCUCUCUCUCUCUCUCUCUCUUGCGCGCGCCAUCUACAGGUUGAUAAAACAGUUGUAGUGCACUGAGGGAAGCUACCCAUUUGAUUGUGGCUAACAUUACAUAGCAAGAGCCGAGACGAGUGCUCAGCAACAUGCUACGUCAUUUACAGAAAUGACAUGAAGAUGAUGGCAAACGUUUUCAACCAUUAACAGAAGCUGAACAU